AUGCUCACGCAAGCAUCCCUUCUACGGUUUUCCAUCUCUUUCUCCGCAGCAUGCGCCCAUCGAUGGGUACACAUCUCCACUUUAUCGCCCACCGCAGCGAUCCGACUGAAUAAGCCGCCUUUGUGCUCGUUUUUUGGUCUUCUUAUAGCCCGUCCUUUCUUUGUCUCUGCCCUGCCCGGCCGAGGCCGAGAUCAGGAAAUUCAAAGACGCCCUCUUAUACGCAGUCCGCGUGUAUACAUCAAUCGCAAGUUGCAACAGUUGUAUGCACCGGGAGACCUCGGAAGGCGGGCGUAUUAG